GUUAAUAUUGUAUCUUUCUCUUUUGAAUCUUACUUUAUUAGACGUUCUAUUUUCAUUAGAAUUUUCCUUUUAUUGAUAUUCUACCGUUAACAACUUACUUUCUUUCCAAGAGCAGCCAGCCCCAACUUCCCUCCCGACCCUCUCUCUCUUUUCCCAAAUUCUAACACAAAAUCCUUAAUGGCUCUUCCUCUCAGUGACCGAGUGGCAAUCGUGACGGGCUCAUCCCGCGGCAUCGGCCGUGCCAUCGCCAUCCAUCUCUCCUCCCUCGGCGCCAACCUCGUCAUCAACUAUGCCACCAACUCGACCCAAGCAGAUCUCCUCGCAUCCCAGCUCAAUUCAAAUUCAACCAAUCUUCGAGCCAUCGCGGUCCAGGCCGACACAUCCGAUCCCUCCGGCCCCAAAACCCUGUUCGACCGCGCAGAACAAGCAUUCAAUUCUCCAGUGCACAUCUUCGUCAACUCUGCAGGCGUUAUUGAUUCUAAAUACUCGACCAUCUCCGCAAUACCUGUCGAAGACUUUGAUGCCAUCUUCAACGUCAAUGCUCGUGGUGCCUUUCUUUGUUGUCAAGAAGCUGCUAAUAGAAUCGUUCGUGGUGGUGGUGGUGGGCGAAUUAUUAUGAUAACCACAUCUGUGGUUGGCACGCUCGUGCCAAAGUUUGGUACGUAUGCAGCCUCAAAGGCAGCAGUGGAAACAAUGGUGAAGAUACUGGCAAAGGAGCUCAAAGGAACUAGGAUCACUGCGAAUUGUGUGGCGCCUGGAGCGAUUGCUACUGACUUGUUCUUUGAGGGGAAGAGUGAAGAGGAUAUUAAAAGGGCAUCUUUAAAUCCGAUGGAGAGGCUUGGGGAGACUAAGGAUGUAGCACCUGUUGUUGGGUUUCUUUGUACAGAUGAAGCAGAAUGGGUUAAUGGUCAGGUGAUAAGAGCGAACGCUGGAAUCGUCUGAUAAAAAUCACUCCAUAUAACUUUGGAUGAUUUUGUGUUGAUUGAGAUUAGAGUCAUGUAGAGUGGUAUGUGAUGUAAUACUAAGAUUUGGGAGUCAAAAAAAUUUAUGGAUAGUUCA